CCCAACCGUCGCAACCAUCCAUGCCAUCAAAUGAUCUAUAGAAUCACCGAUCAUCUACGCCCACGAUUGGAGCUCUUUUGGUGACAAGAUGGCUGCCAUAAAUCCAUCAACUCACUGAGUAAAUCACACGCACGGCAACCGAAACAAUAAUUAAAAUCCGGCGGCAUUGUUUUUGGGGGAAAGUGUAUUUCCGUUACACCCAAACGAUCGCUGAUCAUCAAGAGGAUCGUCUUCAUCAUCAUUUCAACAUCGGCAUCCGAUUGCAAUCGUCGGUGGAUUGAAGUGGGGGAGGAUCACUUCAAAGGCCCUGCACUAAAGAGGCAACUGUUGUUUUUUCCAUCAUAAAUUAGAAACUAGAAGAGAUCGGUGAUCUUCUUCCGCAGAGAGCACAAGGGAAGGGCCAUCAUACAGAGCGGAGCACUCUAAAGUGGAUUUCCGGUGAAUAAAAAACCAACGCAGCACAUGCGACAAACUCCGACAAGGGAGUUGCUGUUGCAGUUGCAGUUGCACUGUUGCCGCCGCAUUCUUAGGGUGCUGCCCCUCUGGCAAGAGUUACAAAAAUAAAUAUCCUAAAAAUGGCUGCUGCCUGGAGUUGGCGAAGCAGUCACUCACAGAUCACAAUGACGAACGGAUCGCUGGCGUUGUUGCUGAUGUGUCUGCUGUUCUUGUUGCAACCACCGUUGCAGGUUGCUGCGCGGCGGCAGCUCGCCAAUAGUCAGGAAUUGCUCAGGGAUUACGACGGUAGUGGCAACAGAAGUGGCAAGAGCCCAUCUAGCACUGCCAGCCCAGGAAUAGAAAGUGCACCCACUCCUGCCAAGCAACCGGUUCCCGAUGCAGAUGAUGAGAACUCCGACGACGAUGACCACACUCCUGACGUGCCGGGCAGCGCCUGGUCAAAGCCCACCUGGCGGAACACCAAGAAGAUGAGUGCCCUGUACACAGGACCUUCCGGAUCCAUGGUAUCACUCAAUUGCGAUGCCAUUGGCAACCCCAAGCCGAAUAUCACCUGGUACCGCAACGGCACCAGCGAGUGGACCCGCAGCUAUCACAGCGUCAAAAGGAAGCGCUACUCGCUUACCAUGGGCGACCUGGUGCCCGACGACUCCGGAAACUACACCUGCAAGGUCUGUAACGGCAUGGGCUGUAUUAGUUUCGAGACCCAGGUGCUGGUGACGAAUCGGGUCAACCACAAGCCCAUCCUAACUCUGCCCCCCUCAAAUCUUACGCUUCUGGUGAACAGUAGCGGCGAGAUGGAAUGCAACUACCUGUCGGACUUGACCAGCACCAAGGCCUGGAUCUUCAUACAGUGCCAGGCGAUGACCAACUGCUCCAAGAAUCGAACUGUCCUGGGGUGGGGCCAGGACAAGCUGACAUUCGUGAACGUCACCGAGGAGCAGGAGGGCUGGUACUGGUGUGUCAAUACCAACAGUUUGGGUCGCACCAACGCCUCUGCCUAUCUGCGGGUGGUCCGCAGCUUGCAUCAAUUCGAGGCGGGCUUCGCCAGUGUCACGGACCGCACCAGCCACAUGUAUUUCAUAGGUUUCGGAGGAAUCAUCUUCGUCCUCAUGGUCUUCUUGUUUUUCUUCUAUGCGGUGAGAAAAAUGAAGCACGAGAAGCUAUUGAAACAACGCAUUGAGACAGUGCAUCAGUGGACCAAGAAGGUGAUCAUCUUCAAGCCGGAGGGAGGCGGCGAUUCCAGCGGCUCCAUGGACACCAUGAUAAUGCCAGUGGUGAGGAUCCAGAAGCAGCGCACCACUGUCCUGCAGAGCGGCAAUGAGCCGGCUCCCUUCAACGAGUACGAAUUCCCCCUGGACUCGAACUGGGAGCUGCCACGGAGUCAGCUCGUUUUGGGCGCCACCUUGGGUGAGGGCGCCUUCGGUCGCGUGGUCAUGGCGGAGGUCAACAAUGCCAUAGUGGCGGUCAAAAUGGUGAAGGAGGGUCACACCGACGACGACAUAGCCAGCCUGGUGCGUGAAAUGGAGGUGAUGAAGAUAAUUGGCCGUCACAUCAACAUUAUAAACCUCCUGGGCUGCUGCAGCCAAAACGGGCCACUCUAUGUGAUCGUCGAGUAUGCUCCCUAUGGCAAUCUCAAGGACUUUCUCUUCAAUAACAGACCCUUUGGAAGGGAGCAGGAUAGGGACAGCUCACAGGCACCACCUUCGCCGCCGGCCCACGUCAUCACCGAGAAAGAUCUGAUUAAGUUUGCCCAUCAAAUCGCACGGGGAAUGGACUACUUGGCCUCCCGGCGAUGCAUCCACCGCGACUUGGCAGCCAGGAAUGUCCUUGUGACCGACGAUUAUGUCCUGAAAAUAGCCGACUUCGGCUUGGCGAGGGAUAUCCAGAGCACCGACUACUAUAGGAAGAACACCAACGGCAGGCUGCCCAUCAAAUGGAUGGCACCCGAGUCCCUGCAGGAGAAGUUCUACGACUCCAAGAGCGACGUCUGGUCGUAUGGCAUUCUCCUGUGGGAAAUCAUGACCUAUGGAGCGCAGCCAUACCCCACGAUCAAUGCCGAGGAGCUCUACGGCUACUUGGUAUCAGGGCAGCGAAUGGAGAAGCCGGCGAAAUGCUCCAUGAACAUUUACAUUCUCAUGCGACAAUGCUGGCACUUUAACGCCGAUGAUCGGCCACCUUUCACGGAAAUCGUGGAGUACAUGGAUAAGUUGCUGCAGGCCAAGGAGGACUAUCUGGAUGUGGAUAUUGCCAACCUGGACACGCCACCCUCUACAAGUGACGAGGAGGAGGACGAACCGGAAAACCUGCAGAAGUGGUAUAACUAAUAACGAUUGGGGUUCCCUAAAAAUAAUAUCCAAUAACAAAAAACGUUUUCGGGAAAAACCUAUAAACUUUUUAAAAAGAAGAUUAUGGAAAACUUAAAAAAAAAAUAAUCGUUGAUAAAUCUUUUGUCACAACACUUGUCUAGGAGGAAUCUAGAAAUGUAUAUAAAGUUAUUUUUAAGAUUGUAAAUCCAUUAAAUUUAUUCACCAAAGGCCUUCAACCAAAAAUAGUAAGCAAUUCGAAUUUAUAAACUAGAUUUUAUUUAAGAUUGAACCUAAGAUAAUGUUACACAUAAUGAUAAGGCUCGGUUGUAUUUCUGUUGUAUUUCUUAUUGUACUGAUCUUUGUAGUAUUCGCAGUUAUACUCGCUUAAUUAUACUCGUAGCUCCUAAGUACAACAAUGUUCUAUUCUAGGAUUAGUUGCAUGCCCCGCAGUGCCUUAUGAAAC